AUGCAGCAGCACCUAUCCAGAGUAGACGAGUCGCUGCUGGCGCCAUGGCAGAAGAUCGACGCAGUCAAUACCUUCAUCGUGCCGCAGGUGGAAUUUCAUCUGAAGAAUGGAAACGUGGCCAAGAAAAUCCUGCACAGAUUCGACAAACAGGUGAAGAGGAGCGUCAAGAAAUGGGCCCACUUGCCGCAGAGAGCCAGCGCCGAGGUCCUAUAUCUGAGUUACAAAGAAGGCGGAUUCAACAUCCUACCAGCAGCGGUGUUGGCAGAUAUAGGACAGGUUGUACACGCCCACCGACUGCUGACAUCAAAGGACAGGGCCACGGCAGAACUCAGCAGAGCCACGCUAGCAGACGUCGUCAGGAAACGUGUGGGACACGAACCCAACACGGAGGAGAUCGUCGGAUUCAUAAAUUUCGGAACAAGUGGCGAUCUCGGAAAACCAGCGAAUGACAUUACGACGACGUGGUCGAGGCUCAGGACGGCAGUGCGAAGGCUGAAACCGAAGAUUAACCUGCAGCUGGGAUUGGACGAGCUAACCGUCGACAACGCGCCAGUGAGCAGGGAGAACGCAGAAUCGAGCCUACGAGCAGCUGCACGACGGUUCUACAAGGAAAGAUUACUCAGGAAACCGGACCAAGGAAAAGUGUUCGGGGUAACGACACAAAACUCUGCAUCGAACCACUUCCUUAGGCAAGGCGGCUUCACCAGAUUUGCAGAGUGGAAAUUUAUUCAUCGAGCGCGGCUCAACGUUUUACCACUGAACGGGAGUCGUCCAUUUGGCAGCGGCGACAAACGAUGCAGAAGAUGUGGACAGCACGAUGAGACCCUGCCUCACGUCAUCAAUCACUGCAAGCCGCACUUGAACGCCAUUACAAAGAGACACGACAGCAUCGUGCAGAGACUGAUUACGGCGGCAAAGAAACCAGCGGACGGAGCCCUAUACGCCAACCAGCCGAUACCAGAAUACGACGGUCAAGAGAGACCGGACAUCGUUAUCAUAGACAACAGAGAGAAAACAGCUGCGAUAAUCGAUAUAGCGGUGCCCUUCGAGAACCGGACCGAGGCCUUCCAGACAACUAGACAGCUGAAGAAGGACAAGUACGCCGCACUUGCUGAGCACUUUCGAGCCAAGGGAUUUAGGACUACAGUAGACGCCUUCAUUGUCGGAUCUCUCGGCGGAUAUUGCAGCCGCAAUUGGACCGCGUUAGCAGCACUCAAGGUCAAUAAAAAGUAUGCAGUGCUGAUGAAGCGGCUGAUGGUCUCCGACACGAUCCGCUGGUCCCGAGAUAUCUACGUGGAACACAUCACCGGACACAGGCAGUACCAGGACGCAGGACCCACACCAGCAGCUACAGCACUGGAAUGA